CUGUCAGUCACAAGGCUGGGUUCGACUCUCUAGGACCGUGCGGGUGGCUGGCUGGUUGACUGGCCGGCCGGGAGAGUCGGGGGUUGGACUGGGCUGGGGCCGGGAUUGCGAGUACUGCAGUGGGCGGACGGGUGGCUACAGCUUUGAUGUCGGGCACAAGCUCUGGCUGAAGCUCUGGGUGUUGAUCGGCCCUUGCCAAAGUGGGGAUCAAAGCUCCACCCCGUCAUUUCAGGAAUUGCAGAUGCCAGGGCACUCAUUGGACCAGAAGUAUCUGGAGGAGUGGAAGAAACUGGUGGAGCUGCAUUUUUGAGAUGGUUAACUGAACUGGGCGUGUCAAGUAGCUUUUAUUUUAAGUGAGAACAAAUUCUGGUUCUUUCAUCGAUCAGAGCAUGGUGUGGAAAGUACUGCAUUCGGAGACAUUGGCAUAUUCAUUUCCAUACAUCGAUGCUUAAAUCAGAGCGGAGGGACUGAGAGGGAUGAUAGUGGCAUUAAAGCAGGGAGAGGUUUUAAAAAAUCUGCAAAUGCCCCCGCCAGCUAAUCUGUGCAGGAUCAAAGGACACCAUCCAGGCCAGAUGCUUCCUCUUCCAGAAGACUGAACUUACAUCUGCAAUAGUGACCCCCCAAGAGUCCCGAAGACCUAUGAAUGAACGGGAUUGAUGAACAUCCAUCUGCACCUCCUGAGCCAGUCCAUGCCAAGGCAGGGACGUUAGAUGGGAAGGGUUGCCUUCAGGAGGGAGAGCUGCUCCACAUCGUGAAGGGUACAACUGACCUGGAGAAACACUUGGAGAUCUUGGUGCAGGAAAAUGAUCGACUGAAGCAGGAGCUAAGUGGCAGCCAGCUCCGGUUCCAGCAGCUGCGGUCCUCCCUCCCCCCCUGCACGGACUGUGAACACAGUAAGGAAAACUCUCGGUUACGGAAGCAAAUGACAGUCUUACAGUUAGAGUUGCAAGAAAAGACCCAGCUGCUGUCAGAGCUGGAACAGCACCUGAAAGAUGUCCUUCAGGACAGAGCUGAGAAGGAAGAGAGGCUGAAUAAGCGCAUAAGGGACUGCCAUCUAGCUCUGGCCAAGCAGUCCACACCAGGAGUAAAGUAUAUGACCAAAAAAAUGGAAGUUGAAUCAUCGAGGAUGAAGCAGGACUUAGAAGAAGCUCAGUCAAGGAAUCAUUAUCUUCAGGAACAGAUUAGUAUUCAGAGGCAACUGCUGACAGAGCAAGAACAACAGCUUCAAGACUCUUGGCAAACAUCAGCCCAGCUUCAAGCUCAGAUCAUGAUGUACGAGGCAGAGCUCGAACAAGCACGAGGGGAGAUGCUUGCAGCACUUCAGGCAAUGGAAGAUGAGAAGAACCAGGCCAUUGAAGAGGUCUUCCAGCAUGCACGGUCUGAAAUGAAGACUGUGCAUGAUAAUCUGAAUGGUGUCCGAAUCAACCUUCUCUCCAUCCAACCAGCCCUGAAGACACUGACUAAUGAUUACAACUGUCUGAAGAACCAUGUCCGGGAUUUUCCCUGUCUUCUGCAGGACGCCGUCAGUCAGACAAAAAAGGAAAUUUACCAAGCAGUGGAGGAAGCAAAGGAAAUAAACCAGGAUCUUCUGCGCAAGUACAAGCGGGAGAUGCAGCUCCGCAAGAAAUGCCACAAUGAGCUGGUGCGGCUUCGAGGGAAUAUUCGUGUCUUGUGCAGAGUUCGACCUAUAACCAGGGAGGAUGGUGCAGGUCUCGACAACAGGAAUGUCAUUUCCUUCGAUCAGGACGAUGAUGGAGUUUUGUAUGUCUCACACCGUGGAAAAACCUCCAUGUUUGAGCUGGAUAAGGUUUUUCAGCCACAUGCAUUGCAAACAGAUAUAUUCCGGGAGGUUCAAGCACUCAUCACGUCCUGCAUUGAUGGGUACAACGUCUGCAUAUUUGCCUAUGGACAAACGGGCUCUGGGAAGACGUACACAAUGGAGGGGUUGCCGGAAGACCCUGGAAUAAACCAGCGUGCUCUCCAGCAUCUGUUUGGUGAAGUGGCAGAGCGCUCAGCAGACUGGGAUCUCACCAUCACCGUCAGCAUGGCUGAGAUCUACAAUGAAACCCUCAGAGACCUGCUAGGGUCUGACCAGCAGAAGACUGAGGAUCUAACUAUGAGGAACUUGUUGGCCAAGGACCCCAGCGAGAAGCUUGAGAUAAAGCUAAGUCCGGAUGGCAGUGGGCAGCUGUAUGUCCCAGGCCUGAUGCAGAUCAGAGUACAGAGUGUGGACGAUAUCAACAAGGUUUUCGAACUUGGUCGUGUGAAUCGGGCAACAGACUUCACGAAUGUGAAUGAGCGCAGCUCCCGAUCCCACGCUCUGCUUAUUGUUUCUGUGACUGGGAUAAACCUCACCUCUGGAGUUCGAACAACAGGUAAAUUAAACCUAGUGGACUUGGCAGGCUCUGAGCGUGUUGGGAAGUCGGGGGCAGAGGGUCCCCGGCUAAGAGAAGCUCAGAACAUCAACAAGUCCCUGUUGGCCCUUGGUGAUGUCAUCUGUGCACUGCGCUCCAAACAGCCGUACAUUCCUUUCCGUAACUCCAAGCUGACCUACCUGCUACAGGACUCCCUCAGCGGUGACAGCAAAACCCUCAUGAUGGUCCAGGUGUCUCCAAUGGAGAAGAAUGUCAAUGAGAGCAUUUGCUCACUGAAGUUUGCCCAGAGGGUGCGGUCAGUGGAACUGGGAGCUGCUGGACGCAGGGGGGAAAGUCAACACUGUUCCAAUCGCCAGGAAUGUGAGUUAGAAUCUUCGCUGUCAGCUGUUCAACAAGGACGACACAACAGCUAUUCAGGAGGGAAGAGUACAGCAGGGAAAAGGAGGCUGGUGACAUCAAGUGAAGUAAGCCAUUGAUGGGGUCAGCAGUGCUGUCUGGAGCAUGGAACCUUGUCCCAGUAUAUAAUGUCAGCAAGCCUAUACUUCCCAGUGUAGAUCACAAGCCAAUAACUGUAUAUUUAUAUACUUCAACUCCAUACAUGUAUACAAUCUGGUUUUUAAGAAGUUAAUGCACGGAAUAGAGCUCAUUACUUAUUUUUUUUACUAUAAAUAUUAAAAGAUUUUUAUAUUGUCUACUUUUUUUUAAACCUGUCAUUUGAUAUCCAAAGGUAUUCAUUGAACAUACAACUACACUGUCCUUUUUAUGUUCUGCUUGAUACUUGUUUUACUCAUUGUACUCCAAAUCCUGCGCUGCUUGCAGUCACCAUACAUUUUGGGCAAAGUGCCAAAUAUUACAUUAGGUGAAGUUGCACUGUGAGAAGUUCAGCACAAAUUGGUUGUCCAAAAUAGUUGUGGAGACUGACCUAUUUAUUUAAAAAAUGCCAUAAAGAACUUUCUGACCAGGGAUUGUCUCCUGCCAUUUGCAGACUUUGGCUGUUUCUUCAUUUUGGAUGGAACCGUAGUUCACAAAUGCAGAUAUUAUGGUAUUAAGCCUCAUUACCAGAAAUCCUAUUUGUGGCCGCUGGGCUUUGAGCUGACCUUUAGCUACUGCAGUCCUUGGAUUACAGUUGAAUUUUAAGAAUUUCUAUGUUUUAGUGUAGAGACAAGGCCCACAUCUUAACCACAGAUCAAACAUCGGACAUUAGCUGCUGACAGGAACCAGUGGAGUUGGCCAGGAAAUUGGGAAGUGAUUCUGGUGAAGGAUUACCAUCUCCCAGCAGUGUAAGUUGGAAACUGGCAGAUGUGGAGAAGCGAGGAUGUAGUGGUGAUGGUGAAAAGGUCAGCCUGCCAUUUUAAACCUUUGGAACCCGUGAUGUCUGAUGGCUUAUUUAAAUAUUGCAGUAGAUUGGGCUAAGGUUGCAUUUAUGCCAGAAUACUGCUCACUUGCUGAAUUAAUGAAUGCAGCAUCUAAUUAGAAACAGAAGUAAUUGCUGAACCAAAAACUUGUUUUUCUACUACUUUAAUGCUGCUGCUGUAUUUGUUCCUUGUGUGGCUGUGGCUAAUAGCUGGUAUCCCUGUUGUUGAGAUAGGAACUCAACUUUAUCAUAUCAGCCUAGGGGUCUCUUUUCCCUUCUGGGCCGUGCUGACUUCAGGAAUGUAUUUAUAUUUUAAAAAAAGCAUGCUGGAGCAGAAACAUAAUCUAAUCCAAAAGCUGCUAAAGUGACUUCAGUGGCCCAAGCAUCUAUCCCUCUAACAUUGUUGUUUUUUGACAAAAAGGCCCAUGGUGAGAUACAAAUUAGGUCAGGAAGCAUGUGUAAAGAGAAACACUGAGCAAUAUUUUGUUUGUUCAGAUUAUGCUUAGUUUUACAAAAUUUACUUUCUGGGUUGGAAAGCCAGUAAUAAUUCUCUUCUAAAUCCUCCACAACCCCAAUGAUGGAAGUUGGAGGUCAGAUGAAGGCAUUGUUGGUCUUAGAAAGCCAGAAGUAUGGGGUGGCAGCAUCCUUUGGUGAAAGCUUCCAGCAAGGAUUACUGAGGAAAAUAUGAUCUAUUUCAGUAAUGCAUGUUCCCAUUACUCAGAACUUGUGUUGAAUCAUCUGUUGCUUGAAAUCUGUACUGAUUCAAUGAAAUGUACCUAUCUGUAAAGUUGGAUGUUGCCAUCUAAUUGGGUUCAAAUAAAACCUAGUUUAUUCAACUUCA